AUGGCGCCGAAGAAGCUUACGGACUGUCCGGAAAAUCUCCGGGAGUCCAUCGACUGGUUGAUCCAGGUUAAGCAUGGGAAUGGUACCAAUGGACUUGAGGAAUUGGCCAAUGCUUUGAAAAAGCUGGUUACAGAGGCUAUUAAAAAUGCUAGCGAGAGUCUUGAAAAUAGGCAAAAGGAACUGUUAUGCGCUGAUAAAAAUUCUGGUGGUUUGUAUGACAAUCAUUGUCAGAAGCUUCAAAAGGAAAUUGAUGAUGCCACAAAAUCUGAAAAAUCUGAAGAUGAAAUAUCUAAGCUUAAGAAAAAGAAAAAUGAUCAUUACAAUGACGUUCAUUAUCUUUCUGAGGAUGCCAGAGAAAGAGCCUUGGGUGAUAUUACUGAGCGGCAAAAUAAGCUUACUGAGCUUCAAAAAAGUCUUUCCAAUUUCACUGAUCAAAAUAAUUGCAAUCAACUUUUAACAAAUCUCACUGAAGGCUUAGAAAAGUUCCUCGGUUAUAACUCUGAUUCCAAAGGCUACUCGGGCGAAGGCAUCGUGUACUCGGACCUUGACAGGCUCUGCGACGGGGUGAUGGCGUUUUUGCACGGGGUGUUGGAGAGUGUUAAGGGUGAUGAAAAUGUGACAAAAUACAGCGUUUCGUCUGAAUUAGAUGGCAUUCUCCAGUAUCUACAAAAUUCUAUAGGUAAGGGCGCCACCCAGCUUGCUGGGCAAAUAAAGGAGGUAAGUCAGUGGCUUAAUAAGUAUGAACUGAAAGUUGGUCAGAAAACUGGCAACGUUGUUAUGAAAUUGGGCGAAUUAAAAGACGAGAAAAUGAAUCAAUAUAUGAUAUUAGUGCAGGACAAUCAGGGCAGGAAGCUUCAAGACCAGUUGCAGUCAUGGAGAGAUAUCGUGUCCAAGAUGUUUGGUGAAAUUGAGACUAUCCAAAAUAAACAUGUGAACAUGUUAAAUCCCGCUCUGAAAGAUAAAAUAAACAUUCAAAUUAACCCUGUGAAAGAAGUUGUACAGGUGUUAUAUGAUUCGUCCAAGGUAGAGGAGUUCGGGAGCCAGGCCAAACAGGUGGAGGAUCAGCUAGUGAAACAGCAGAGAAAUAUUGAAAACAAAAUAGAAGAUCAGGGCAAUAAUGUUAAAAAGGAGUUGGUGGCGCAGGAAAGUAGUGUGCUCAAGAAAAUUGAGCAAGGAUUUCCUGACCUACAGGGGAAGGUGGAUGAGGGAUUGAAAAGAAUAAUUAAUAAAAUCUUCGAUUUAGAAGUUGAGAAGAAGAAACAAAUCAAAGCUAUUCAGGUGUCUAUGAACACAGCGAAGAAUGAUACAGAUAAGUUGUUGAAAGAAUUUAAAACAACGUAUGAAACCGAUAUUAGAACGCAUUUUGAACAGAUAAGAACUGCAUUGCAAAAAGUAACCCCAGAACAACCCGGUGACGAAUCUGAAUUACUUAAAGAGGUUAAGAAAAUAGCUGAUAAUUUAAGGUCCGUUGGAGACCAGCUAAACGGCGAAAAUGAGAAGCUGGGAAAGUGGAAGGAAAAAGCAACAGAUGUUGUUACAAAUGCGCUCGGGAAAUGUGAGAAGAUGCUUCAGAGGCUUGAUAAGGAAUGUAAAGAGAACAUACCUGAAGAUAAGCGUGUGAUUAAAAUAAGGUCUGAAGAGUUGAAGAACAGGGCAGCAAUGCUUCUGGAGGCAUACAGGAAGACGAACGAGGGGCUUACCGGCAUAAUGGAUGGUAUAAACAGAGCUGUUGGAGAUAUUGAAAAGGCGUACCUGUUGAAAUUGAGAAUGCUUAAGUUCGAAGUUGAGGAUGCGGUUGGUAAGGAUGAGGAUGAUAAGGAGACGACUGUUUUGGGUCGUCUUAAUAAGUUGGAUAACGAUGUAAAAAAGGGGUUGUUGAAAGUGAGGGAAAGGAUUAAAACUGAUUUGAAGACAUAUGUAGAAAACGGUAUUCUCAGCGAAAUCAAGCAGGGUGUAGAUGUCAUAAGGGGCCAAGGUGGUGGAGAGGACGGGCUGGAAGGUAUUAAACAGAAAGUGAAGGAAUACGUUGAAAAGUAUGGCACUGGGUUUACGGUGACGGUUGGACGAUGGGUGACUGAUAUUAUAGGUAAAAAACCUGUGAGUGAUUACGUAGCUGAGUAUUCUGGGAGCAACAAGAGUUAUAAAAAUUUUUUGCCGCCGUAUAAUGAUAAGGGUCAGAAUACGGCUAAGGAUGCAAUUAUAAAGAAUAUGGAAAGUGUUAUUAAAAUGAAGCUCAAAACUAUUAUAUCUGCCGCUACUGAUUCUAUAGGAUCAAAUCAAGAUCAAAUCAACGUCACAGUUUGUCUGACCAAGAUCAAGACAUGCCUUACAACAUUUGCCGAUCGGCUUGAGGACGAAAUGAGCAAGACGCUAAAACCCUCAGCUGUAGUAACCGAAAUUGAAGGAAAUCUGAAGAGUGAACAAGUAAUCAAACAAACACCUAUUGUUACGGACAAUUUUCAUCUUGAAGAUGCUAUUAAAACGGCACUCAGGGCUCUUGUCUCCACUGCGAAACAAUGUGGCGACCAAAUUCAAAGGCUUGUCGAUGGUUGCAAGUUGGGGAACAUUAACUCUGCGUUGAAUAAGGCUGAGGAGCUUGACGGGAAGCUCACCACCAACACGUUCGGGGGCAAGAGUCCCAAAACUGUUGAUCAGGGGAUUGAAGGGGAGCUUGAAAAGACUAUCAUGCAGGUGCAAGAGUCAAAUUUGAAGAACUUACAACUACGAAAAGACGGCCCUAAUGAGCUCAUGUCAGAUUAUAAGGCAGCUACAGAGAUUAAAAAUGAUGGCGACGCAAAAACUGACGGUGAGCUUAGAGCCUUAAUAAAGACCAUUAAAAAGAAAUUUGAAGGUCUUAUUACCGGUGAUAGUAACAGCGGCUACAGCCUCAACCCUGAUAAAAUUACGGGUUACAACACUCCAUCCUCCUAUAUAAACAGCACACAAGGUGCCAAGGCCGCCUAUGAGGCAGCCGUCGGAAAAGUCACGACGCAUGUGCUGUCUGCUUUUCACACGAUCACAGGCUCAGACGGUAAGCCAGUAAUAACACAAGCCGGCAAAAUAGGUACGGAGACAACAGCAAUAGACUAUGCCUUCGGCGAAAUUGAUCAACAAUUAGCAUACCUGACAAUGCUGGUCAACAAUCCGAAUGGCGGUGUAGAUGAAAAAGGCGUCAAAACGCUUCUGGGAGAUCUUAAUAAAAUGCUUACUGUUGACAAUUUUAGUGAAUUAUAUGGUCUAAAAAAUGGCCUUGCUAUGAUUCAUAAACAACUUGUGAAUCUCCACAGCAGUGAGUUCACUGGCAAUGAAACCGGUAAAAUACAAAGUGUCAUAAAUCAAGUUAUUAAGACAGUUAAGAUUCUGGAAGUUGUGCCGGGAAUGGUUGAAACUAGAAAAGCGCAGGCAUUGCAGAAAAUGAGUGAUUUGGAACAGGCCAUAAAGAAAAUCCACCAACAAAUUCACGGUGCUCUUAUAACUGUCGGCAUAGUGGAUGACCGAUUGAACAAGGUCAUCAAAGCAGUCCAAAGAGCAGUAGAAGAGGCCCAUGAGAAUUCCAAACAAGCCGUGCAAAAACUUCAAAAAGAUCUUACAAACGCAGUAAAAGAUGCAUUCCAAAAAUUUCAACACUCCGUAGACACACUAAAAGGCGAGCUCACCGCCGAGGUACUAACUGCCUUUGGCUGCGUUACCUCUGAAAUCCGAGGUAUGUUUGCGUAUAACAGAAAAGCGGACUUAAUGGCUCUACAGAAGUCAAUUGCGUGGCAUUUGAGGAAAAUAAAACAUAUAAUCUCCAAAGACCUCAACACCGGCAUCAAAGGCCUCCUGAAGACUUUGAACGGCAAGAAAAUGGAGAUUAGUGUCACUGGUCUUCCCAAAUUUGACGACCCUUCGACUGAACUGCUCGACGAAAUUCUGAAGGAUUUACCUCAGUCACCGCCGUUUACCAAACAAAACUUCACAAAACUAUCAACAGCAUUUGAUGCAUAUUAUAAUAAUAUUCACAAGUAUACUAAGAUGCAACUCAUACCAAAAAUUCCACCGUCAAGUGAAGUCCAGGAUCAGAGCAAUCCAUCCCUCCGACCAGUCCCACCUCCAAUCUCCGGCGGCAGCUACAGAGCGCGGCCGGCAACGGCUACAAUGAAAGAAAUCUCCGAAAUCGCAAACCCACCAGGGCGUGCUGGAAUGGGCAAUACGUCUCAGUCUACAACUCCAUCCCCCACCCCUUCCACAUCCCAGCAGCCUCCCUCCCCGUCCACCAAGAAUCCCAUUGAGCAGUUUUUCGACGACCUUAAAGUGUAUACUCGAAGAUUAUUUUUGGCCCUUUCAGGUGGUUUCUUUAGCAGAACCUUUUCGUCACAACGUGAAGAAUUUGAGAAGUUCCUCUACUCCAUGCGUCCUACAAAGUUCGCCGAGCACGACAGUCCCCCACUAGACACCCUCAAAUCUGGCCUUCAGCAUUUCCUUAAGCAACUCAGCUACGCCUACGUUAACGUGUAUGAUGCUGUAACAUUUAAGCGGUUGACAGAACAAAAGCAAAUUACUAACCCUGUUACACAAGCGAAAACGUCUGAAACCCAGUUAACCACCGAGGGUCGCAACUGCGCCAAGGUCUGCCUGACGAUACUCGAGACACUGUUCUACGACUUCAACUCGUUAAGUAAAUUGUUCCCCUCAAAAGGCGCCGAUAAUAUCUUUUCAUAUAGUACAUCUGGCAAAUAUUUCCACGAUAGAGGCUACAGAGUGGCCAGUAAGGACGGCGUCCAAGACGGGGAGUUAGACAAUUCUACGAAGACGAGCGGACAGAAAAUUAAUGAGCUGCGUGAUAGUCAAAUUACAGGUGCGACACACACAGACAACAAGCUCUACGGGUUCAUCAACGAAAUAUGCAGAGAUAUUGUUUCGUACUACCGUGUCUGCCAGUACUAUAUUCCUUCGAAACCAAGGGCGCCCACCACUGUCAACGAAAUGCUUCACUGGCUUGCUGGGCUAUACUAUACACCUAUGUAUGAUAAAUUGGCGAGUAAGUUUGCGGGAUACUUCAAUGUACCCCAAGAAAACGGUACAACGGUAAUCAAGCCCAUAGAAGCCGCCGUGCCUGCUAGGAGAAGCGAAAGGAUGCUACGAUCUCUCAGCCUUCGAGAAAUGUCAGCCCUAUUCAACAAUAUUACCAUCCGCCCAUAUCACAUAUUAGUCGCCAUCCUCGGCAACGGUCACGCAGGUGGCCGAUAUGCCUGUGACUUCUUAACAAACCCAGAUGAUUUAUUAUAUCCGAGUAAUACAGAUCAAUGUUUACAUAUGCUCCUAGAAAUAUGUCUGAGACUGAAUGAACAAAUCCUUUUCCUAUUCAAGCAGUGCCACAACGACGCCAUUAGCAGCGGUUGGCGUGACUGUUUAUACGGGAAGGGAAUUGCCGGGGCAGCGUGGAACUGCAACACAAUGCAAUGUCCUAACCAAGGCUGUGACCAGAAGCACAACCAAACGUGUGACCAAAAGGCCGACCGAAACGCUGACCAACACUACAAGUGCGGCAUAAAAUCGCCGCUGCAAUCGUUCCUUGAGGAUGGCCUAGUAGGCUUCUUGCCGCACCAGUUUACUUCACCCGGUUGCGAGAAGCCUUUGAUGAUGCCGUCAAGAAAGCCAAUUUCUGGAAUGAUGAAACAAAAUUGGACAUCACAAAAAUCUUAG